AUGGAUGUGGACAUGGACGUGGACGUGGACAUGGACGUGGACAUGGACGUGGACGUGGACAUGGACAUGGACGUGGACGUGGACGUGGACGAGGACGUGGACAUGGACAUGAACAUGGACGUGGACGUGGACAUGGACGUGGACAAGGACAUGGACGUGGACAUGGACGUGGACGUGGACAUGGACGUGGACAUGGACAUGGACGUGGACAUGGAUGUGGACGUGGACGUGGACGUGGACAUGGACGUGGACGUGGACAUGGACCUGGACGUGGACGUGGACAUGGACGUGGACGUGGACGUGGACAUGGUGGUGGACGUGGACGUGGACGUGGACGUGGACGUGGACGUGGACAUGGACGUGGACAUGGACGUGGACGUGGACGUGGACGUGGUCGUGGACGUGGACGUGGACGUGGACGUGGACAUGGUCGUGGACGUGGACGUGGACGUGGACAUGGAGGUGGACCUGGACGUGGACGUGGACGUGGACGUGAACAUGGACGUGGACAUGGACGUGGACGUGGACGUGGACAUGGACGUGGACGUGGACGUGGACGUGGACGCGGUGGACGUGGACGAGGACGUGGACGAGGACGUGGACGACGUGGACAUGGACAUGAACAUGGACGUGGACGUGGACGUGGACGUGGACGUGGACGUGGACAUGGACGUGGACGUGGACAUGGACGUGGACAUGGACGUGGACAUGGACAUGGACGUGGACAUGGACGUGGACGUGGACGUGGACGGGGACAUGGACGUGGACGUGGACAUGGACCUGGACGUGGACGUGGACAUGGACAUGGACGUGGACGUGGACGGGGACAUGGUGGUGGACGUGGACGUGGACGUGGACGUGGACAUGGACGUGGACGUGGACGUGGACAUGGACGUGGACAUGGACGUGGACGUGGACAUGGACGUGGACGUGGUCGUGGACGUGGACGUGGACGUGGACGUGGACAUGGUGGUGGACGUGGACGUGGACGUGGACGUGGACCUGGACGUGGACGUGGACGUGGACGUGAACAUGGACGUGGACAUGGACGUGGACGUGGACAUGGACGUGGACAUGGACGUGGACGUGGACGUGGACGUGGACGUGGUGGAUGUGGACGAGGACGUGGACGAGGACGUGGACGUGGACGUGGACGUGGAUAUGGACGUAGACGUGGACGUGGACGUGGACCUCGACGUGGACAUGGACGUGGACAUGGACGUGGACGUGGACAUGGAUGUGGACAUGGACGUGGACAUGGACGUGGACGUGGACGUGGACGUGGACAUGGACGUGGACGUGGACAUGGACCUGGACGUGGACAUGGACGUGGACGUGGACGUGGACGUGGACAUGGACGUGGACGUGGACAUGGACCUGGACGUGGACGUGGACGUGGACAUGGACGUGGACGUGGACGUGGACGUGGACGUGGACGUGGACGUGGUGGACAUGGACGUAGACAUGGACGUGGACGUGGACGUGGACAUGGACGUGGACGUGGACGUGGACAUGGACAUGGACAUGGACGUUGACGUGGACAUGGAUGUGGACGUGGACAUGGACGUGGACAUGGACGUGGACAUGGACGUGGACGUGGACGUGGACGUGGACAUGGACGUGGACAUGGACGUGGACAUGGACGUGGACGUGGACGUGGAUGUGGACGUGGACAUGGACGUGGACAUGGACGUGGACAUGGACGUGGACGUGGACGUGGUGGACGUGGACGUGGACAUGGACGUGGACAUGGACGUGGACGUGGACGUGGACAUGGACGUGGACAUGGACGUGGACGUGGACAUGGACGUGGACGUGGACGUGGACGUGGUGGACGUGGACGUGGACAUGGACGUGGACGUGGACGUGGACGUGGACAUGGAUGUGGACAUGGACGUGGACGUGGACAUGGACGUGGACAUGGACGUGGACAUGGACGUGGACGUGGACGUGGUGGACGUGGACGUGGACAUGGACGUGGACGUGGACGUCGACGUGGACGUGGACAUGGACGUGGACAUGGACCUGGACGUGGACAUGGACGUGGACGUGGACGUGGACGUGGACAUGGACAUGGACAUGGACGUGGACGUGGACAUGGACGUGGACGUGGACAUGGACGUGGACAUGGACGUGGACAUGGACGUGGACAUGGACGUGGACGUGGACGUGGACGUGGACGUGGACAUGGACAUGGACGUGGACGUGGACGUGGACGUGGACGUGGACAUGGACAUGGACGUGGACGUGGACGUGGACAUGGACGUGGACGUGGACGUGGUGGACGUGGACGUGGACAUGGACGUGGACGUGGACAUGGACAUGGACAUGGACAUGGACGUGGACAUGAACUUGGACAUGGACGUGGACAUGGACGUGGACGUGGAGAUGGACGUGGACAUGGACGUGGACAUGGACGUGGACAUGGACGUGGACAUGGACAUGGACGUGGACAUGGACGUGGUCAUGGACGUGGACAUGGACGUGGACAUGGACGUGGACGUGGAGAUGGACGUGGACGUGGACGUGGACGUGGACAUGGACGUGGACGUGGACGUGGACGUGGACGUGGACAUGGACGUGGAAGUGGACGUGGUGGACGUGUACGUGGACAUGGACGUGGACAAGGACAUGGACAUGGACAUGGACAUGGACGUGGACAUGGACGUGGACAUGGACGUGGACAUGGACGUGGACAUGGACGUGGACAUGGACGUGGACAUGGACGUGGACAUGGACGUGGACGUGGACAUGGACGUGGACAUGGACAUGGACGUCGACGUGGACGUGGACGUGGACAUGGACGUGGACGUGGACAUGGACGUGGACUUGGACGUGGACGUGGACGUGGACGUGGACGUGGACGUGGACGUGGACAUGGACGUGGACGUGGACGUGGACGUGGACGUGGUGGACGUGGACGUGGACGUGGACGUGGACGUGGACGUGGACGUGGACGACGUGGACGUGGACAUGGACGUGGACGUGGACGUGGACGUGGAGGUGGACGUAGAGGUGGACGUGGAGGUGGACGUGGACGUGGACGUGGACGUGGACGUGGUCGUCGUCGUGGACAUGGACGUGGACGUGGACGUGGACGUGGACAUGGACGUGGACGUGGUGGACGUGGACGUGGACGUGGACGUGGACAUGGUCGUGGACAUGGACGUGGACGUGGACGUGGACAUGGACGUGGACGUGGACGUGGACGUGGACGUGGACAUGGUCGUGAACGUGGACAGGGACGUGGACGUGGACGUGGACGUGGACAUGUUCGUGAACGUGGACAUAGACGUGGACGUGGACGUGGACAUGGACGUGGACGUGGACAUGGACGUGGACGUGGACGUGGACAGAAACGUGGACGUGGACAUGGACGUCGACGUGGACGUGGACGUGGACGUGGACGUGGACGUGGAUGUGGACGUGGACGUGGACAUGGACGUGGACGUGGACGUGGACAUGGACGUGGACGUGGACGUGGACAUGGACGUGGACGUGGUCGUGGACGUGGACGUGGACGUGGUCGUGGACGUGGACAUGGACAUGGAUGUGGACGUGGACGUGGACAUGGACGUGGACGUGGACCUGGACGUGGACGUGGACGUGGACGUGGACGUGGACGUGGUCGUGGACAUGAACGUGGACGUGGACGUGGACAUGGACGUGGACGUGGUGGACGUGGACAUGGACGUGGACGUGGACGUGGUCGUGGAGGUGGACAUGGACGUGGACGUGUACGUGGACGUAGACAUGGACGUGGACGUGGACGUGGACGUGGACGAGGACAUGGACGUGGACGUGGACGUGGUGGACGUGGACGUGGACAUGGACGUCGACAUGGACGUGGACGUGGACGUGGACGUGGUCGACAUGGACGUAGACAUGGACGUGGACGUGGACGUGGACAUGGACGUGGACGUGGACGUGGACGUGGACGUGGACGUGGAAGUGGACGUGCACAUGGACGUGGACGUGGACGUGGACGUGGACGUGGACGUGGACGUGGAGGUGGACGUGGAGGUGGACGUGGACGUGGACGUGGACGUGGUCCUGGUCGUGGACAUGGACGUGGACGUGGACGUGGACGUGGACAUGGAAGUGGACGUGGUGGACGUGGACGUGGACGUGGACGUGGACGUGGUCGUGGACAUGGACGUGGACGUGGACGUGGACGUGGACGUGGACAUGGACAUGGUCGUGAACGUGGACAGGGACGUGGACCUGGACGUGGACGUGGACAUGGUCGUGAACGUGGACAUGGACGUGGACGUGGACGUGGACAUGGACGUGGACGUGGACGUGGACAUGGACGUGGACAUGGACGUGGACAUGGACAUGGACGUGGACAUGGACGUGGAAGUGGACGUGGACGUGGACGUGGACAUGGAUAUGGACAUGGACGUGGACAUGGGCGUGGACGUGGACGUGGACGUGGGCGUGGACGUGGACAUGGUUGUGGACGUGGACGUGGACGUGGACGUGGACGUGGACGUGGACGUGGAGGUGGACAUGGACGUGGACGUGGACAUGGACGUGGACAUGGACGUGGACGUGGACGUGGUCGUGGACGUCCACGUGGACGUGGACGUGGACUUGGACGUGGACGUGGACGUGGACAUGGACGUGGACGUGGACGUGGACGUGGACGUGGUGGACGUGGACGUGGACGUGGACGUGGACGUGGACGUGGACAUGGACAUGGACGUGGACGUGGACGUGGACGUGGACGUGGAAGUGGACGUGGACAUGGACGUGACGUAG